UCUGACUGUCUAUUCGUAUAAAAAGUACACAGAGGAAACAAAACGUUCAGACAGGCAGGAAGGAAAAUGCUGUUUUUUUAUCGGAAGAGGCUGGAAUGUGCCAUGGACGUUCAGCACCUGCAGGUUUUUUCUGAGGGACCAGUGAACUCAUACUACUAUUGCUUCCUGGUCCGUUCUGCCCUUAAUAACAACACUGUGUCAGCAGCAAGUCCUCCAUAAUAUAUAACUACAUUUAGGAAACAACUGGAGAAAACCAACUUACUAUUGAAUUGUAAACUGAAGAAGAAACUGCCAGACGCUAAUUUUUUGUUCACAUCACAACGAGGCGACUGUAGGUUUGUAUAUAAUGUCCACUGCCACUAACACAUUUGAAAAUGUGAAAGCAACUAUCUUAUUGGCUCAUAAGAGCUCCACAUCAAGAGAAAAGUCCAACUUCUACAACUCCUGGGCAAAUAACUACGAUCAGGAUGUGGCUGUUCUGGACUACCGUGCACCGAGUCUGGCGGCAAACAGCAUCUCCUCCCAUUUCAGCGGCAAUCGCGAAGCAGCUGUCGUGUUGGAUGUGGCCUGUGGUACCGGACUGGUUGCCAAACAGAUGAGGAGACAUGGAUUUGGACAUUUUGUGGGUAUUGAUGGAAGCGAUGCUAUGCUGGAGUUGGCCAGAAAGAGCGGGUUGUACCAGGACCUGAAGCUGUCCAUGCUGGGAGACGAGCCUCUGCCUGUCCAGUGGGGUUUGUUUGAUGUGGUUGUGAUUGUUGGAGCGCUGAGUCUUGGUCAGGUCCCAGUCGAUGUGGUCAGAGAGUUGUGCAAGUCCACCAAACCUGGUGGCUACGUUUGCAUGACAACCAGAAGUAACCUUACCAACAAGGAGUACAAAGCCGCCUUGGAGCGUGAGCUGAAGCAGAUGGAGGAAGAGGGGCUGUGGGCUUGUGUAGAGGUCACUGAGGUGGAAGACUGGGAGAGAGCGGUGUCAGAGCAGGAGGACGGCUACAUAUCUGGUGCCGUGUACAUGUAUAAGAAGCUAUAACUACAGCACAGUGCAGGACCAUGUAGUUGUGACAUCACACCAGCAAAGGCAUUCAACGACUUCAUUCAAGAAGAUACAAAGCAUUCUAAUAACUCACUAUACACUUCAGAAAGAAAGUGUCAAGAUGUUUCGACAUUUUCAGUCACUUACGGACUCAAAAUUGAAGAUACAAAGCUGCACAUCUGGAUGAAAAUAGAACCUGAAAUGUUCACAACUAAAUGGUUUAGUUUCAUGAUCAUCAGUAUUCAUGUUACAUGCAACGAAAUGAUAUCUGAAAAAUGUCCUUGUUGUCCUCCUCAUAAACAACUUUGGAUUGCUACGCAUGUACAGUAUCUUAUACAGUUAAGUCCUCUUCGUACAAAUUGGUGGUCUGAACAUGAGAGCUGUGUAAUAAAUGUAGGUGAAACUUAUUUCUGUUUA